AUGUCGAAGACUUUGAACGCCUACAGAAUAAAGAAGAUCGAAUCCUUGGGCAGGAUGACGGCGAUGACGCAGGAGGAGAUGGUAGCGGGCGCGAGGACCGUGGCCGCCGGCCUCGAGGCUCUGAGGGCCGAGCACGCGCAACUGCUGGCCGGCCUGGCUGCUAACACCGAGCACGAGCACGAGAAGGCGGCUCUGGUGCGGAAGAGCAUCGAUGCCAUCGAGCUCGGCUUGGGCGAGGCACAGGUGAUGAUGGCAUUAGCCUCUCAUCUGCAGUCGGUGGAGGCAGAGAAGCAGAAGUUGCGCACACAAGUUCGACGUCUAUGCCAGGAGAAUGCGUGGCUUCGAGAUGAACUGGCCGCGGCGCAGCAACGCCUGCAGGCCUCUGAGCAACGUGUCGCACAGCUGGAGGAGGAGAAUAAACACCUGGACUUUAUGGCCUCUAUACGCAAAUACGACAGUGACGUGACCGAGGAAUCGGAGAAUAACCGCGGCGGGCAGACAGACAAUAAGCGCGACGACCCCAUGGUCGAUCUGUUCCCCGACGACGAGCACGACGACAAUAGGAAUAACAAAUCGAUGUCGCCGACGCCGCCGUCGCAGUUCGCGGCGCAGGUGACGGCGGGCUACGAGAUCCCGGCGCGGCUGCGCACGCUGCACAACCUGGUGAUCCAGUACGCGUCGCAGGGCCGCUACGAGGUGGCCGUGCCGCUCUGCAAGCAAGCGCUCGAGGACCUGGAGAAGACCUCGGGCCACGAUCACCCCGACGUCGCCACCAUGCUGAACAUCCUCGCGCUCGUCUACAGAGACCAAAAUAAAUACAAGGAGGCUGCAAAUCUGCUAAACGAUGCUCUUUCUAUCCGUGAGAAGACCUUGGGCGAAAACCACCCCGCCGUUGCAGCAACCCUUAACAAUCUUGCCGUGCUGUAUGGCAAACGCGGCAAGUAUCGCGAGGCGGAGCCGCUGUGCAAGCGCGCGCUGUGCAUCCGCGAGGCCGUGCUGGGCCGCGACCACCCCGACGUGGCCAAGCAGCUCAACAACCUGGCGCUGCUCUGCCAGAACCAGAACAAGUAUGAGGAGGUGGAGCAGUACUACCAGCGCGCUUUGGAGAUCUACGAAAGCAAGCUGGGCCCCGAUGACCCUAACGUCGCCAAAACAAAGAACAACCUCGCUUCCUGCUAUCUCAAACAGGGCAAAUACAAAGAGGCUGAAACACUGUACAAGCAAGUUCUAACUCGAGCUCACGAGAGGGAAUUCGGAACUAUCGAUGGUGACAACAAACCGAUCUGGCAGGUGGCAGAAGAAAGAGAGGAGAAUAAGCAUCUGCAAAAAGAGAACACGCCCUAUGGAGAAUAUGGCGGAUGGCAUAAGGCUGCUAAGGUUGACUCUCCAACCGUUACCACGACCCUGAAGAACCUCGGAGCUCUAUACCGACGCCAGGGCAAAUACGAGGCUGCCGAGACCCUGGAGGAUUGCGCACUUCGCAGCAGGAAAGAGGGCACGAAUCAAGCGAGCGAGCCACGCAUGAACCUAAAGUCGAAACUGUUCAAUGCGCUAGGUAUCAACACGGGGAGUAACACACCGCACCAGUAG